AUGGUGGAAAGGGUAGGAGAGGAGGCAGGUGACUGUUCCCUCACAAACGGGGGCUUUGGGGCAGACAUGUCCUAUUUCAUGUCUCCACAAGCUCAUCAAGGUCUUCUGCCUUCCAGCCAAGGUGGGGCUGCUUCUCCGGGCGCAUCCCUUGGCCUCUAUAGUGCUGUAGAGCCAGUAGUGGUGGCCCCUGGUGGACUAGGCCCACUGAGCCAGAAACCUGAGCAGGUGGCACCUGCUGCCCAGGCCCGGGGCCCGGCCCUGGCAGUGCCGGAAGCCAGGGGCUGCCCUGGGGGGGCUAGCUGGGAGACCCUGCGGCGGAAGGAGUACAGCCGAAACCACCACAAGUCCCCCCACGCGAGGCAGCCGGAGAGCUUGGGCUGGGAGGACGGCUGCUCCAGAAACAGAGCUCCCCACCUGGGUGGCCCCAGCAGGCCUGGGCCCCUGCUGCUGUGUGGGCUGUCACCAGGGAUUUUACCCAUGCCCUCUGAGGCAGGGGGGAAGGAGGCCGGCUCCCAGCCUGACAUCUGCAUCCUUACCCUGGCCAUGAUGAUCGCUGGCAUCCCCACCGUGCCUGUCCCCGGCCUGCGGGAAGAGGACCUGAUCCGGGCAGCUCAAGCUUUCAUGAUGGCCCAUCCGGAGCCAGAGGGGGCUGUGGAGGGGGCGCGGUGGGAGCAGGCACACGCCCACGCAGCCUCUGGGCAAAUGCCCCUAAUGAGAUCCAGGAGAGGCCAGCCUCCUGGCUCCUGCUUGUAG